AUGGGCAGCCAUAAUCCCUGUGCACCUGGCUUCCCACUCUUCUUUCUGCUGCUGUUGCUGCUUCCGCCACUUUUCAGAGCGGGCAGCCACCCAUACCAUCGUCCUGGCUGGAAAAUCUUUAACCGCUUGGGUAUGAGUUCCAGAUUCUUACACCAUCGCCGAGGCCCAGGUGGGAAGCAUUGGCGCCAAUCACAUGAGCAGGAGUGCCAGGGAUCUUUCGACCUCUACAUCAUCUUGGACAAGUCAGGCAGCGUGAACAACAACUGGAUAGACAUUUACAAUUUUGUGGAGGAGUUGGUGAAGAAAUUCCAACGCCCCAACACGCGGAUGUCUUUCAUUCUGUACUCCGGAGAUGGCGUAACCCUCAUGCCACUCACCUCAGACAGAGAAGAAAUUCGUAAGGGACUGGAAAACCUCCAGCAAGUGAUUCCUGCUGGAGACACAAACAUGCAGGAAGGACUUAAAAGGGCAAAUGAGCAGAUUCAAAGAAUGAACUCUGGAGACCAGAAGACAGCCAGCAUGAUCAUCGCUAUGACAGAUGGGACGUUGGUGCCCGAGGCCUUUGAGUUGUCUAAGAAUGAAGCUGCAAAGGCUCGGCAAAUGGGGGCAACCAUUUAUACUGUGGGUGUGAAAGACUAUCAGAAAGACCAGGAAGGUGUCCAUGGUGGCUUCCCCAGGAACCCCCUGCAGCUCCGGGGUUCUCCAAACAGUUACCAGGCAACCAUUACUGGACAAGGCUUUCACAAUGCAAAGAGUGAGGAUGAAGUCAUUUGCAGAUUCCAUAUCAACAAGAACAAUGUUGUGGAUGAAAAGGCCGUCAGUAUGGAAGAAAAUAAGAUCAUUUGCCCUGUGCCAGUGAUAGAGAAUGCUGAACGAUACAUCUCUGUUGAAGUCAGCCUGACCAACGGCAAAAACUUCAUUGGAAACAAACUGAACAUGAGCACUAAACACUGCGUGAAAAAAAAGCUAAAAAAUUUACAUCUCAGAGACACAGAACAUAGACCUAAACACCGUAUUUUGCCGGGUACAUUACCAGUCCAGCCCAGCAACAACAACAACGUGACUAUUAACGCUCCCAUCUACUUGAUAGUGCUGCUGGCCCUGCUGCUGGCCCUCUGCCUGCUGUGGUGUUGCUGGCGAUACUGCUGCAGGAGGUACAAGGAGCCGCCGCCAGUAAAGGAAUCAGAGGACCACCCGUGUCCACCACCUCCACCCCCGCCCCCCAUAAACACCUGCCCCACGGUGAUCGUCUCCUGCUGUGGCUGUGGAUGCUCCAAUGGCGUAGAGUGUAAUAUGAAUGGCUUGUGCAACUUAAUCCAACCAGCUUGUCACCAGGUGCCAGUGAUGUGGUGUCGGACUAGGAAUCAGAGAAGAUGUCCCAAAUUGGCUCUGGUGAACCCUCGCUGUGGACCCGUGCCCUGCGGCUCUAGGGUCUGCCUUCGACCCAGUAGGGAGUGCUUCCACGUGGCACCACAACCAUGCAACCCCAGGAUCUGCCUCCAGGCCAGCCAGGACUGCAUCCGCAUCCCCCAGGCACCCUGCAGCCCAAGAAUCUGCCUCGGCCCCAGCCAGAGCCUACUGCAGUGCUGCAGGCUCCCAACCAGGUACUCCAGCUCGCUCUCCAGGACUCUGCCACUGCUUUCUCCUAUUAAGCGGAAAUCCCUUUGUCUAUCCCGAUCCCAGCCCCGGCGCCCAUGCUCUAAAUGACCCCAAAACCUAAGAUUAAGAGAUUUU